GCUGGGAGGUUGAACUUGAGCUGGUUCGCAGUGUGAGAGAGUGGAUGACAGGUCACUCCUGACUGGGAAGGUUGUUCCAGCGACUCAGGAUUGGGGGACCAUGCAGAGAGACGGGAGGGCAGAGCUGUGCUCGGGGCUGCUCCCCAGGACCUGAGCUGGGACCCAGAGUUUUCAGCUCUGCUGGGUCCUGCAUGACAUCAACGGCCCCCUCGGUGCUGAUGCUGCCGGGAGUUCCGAGCUGGGGCCAGGCCGGCGCCAGGCACAGACACUUCAGCCCUUGUUGGGAGAACAGAGAGAGGCUGUCCUGUCCGUUGCCCGUCCUCCGGCUCCGAUUGCGGGUUCUCUCAAAGGCCGCUUCUCAGGCCGGUGCAGCGCCCACCCUGUCACUGUUACAGAAUGGACUCUAGUGCCAGCCCGGCGGGGACUUCCAGUCCACAGCCUUCACGGGCCAAUGGGAACAUCAACCUGGGGCCUUCAGCCAACCCAAACGCCCGGCCCACCGACUUCGACUUCCUCAGAGUCAUCGGCAGAGGCAACUAUGGGAAGGUCCUCCUGGCCAAGCGCAAGUCCGACGGGAGGUUCUAUGCGGUGAAGGUGCUGCAGAAAAAGUUCAUCCUGAAGAACAAAGAGCAGAACCACAUCAUGGCGGAGCGCAACGUGCUGCUGAAGAACGUGCGGCACCCCUUCCUGGUGGGCCUGCGCUACUCCUUCCAGACCCCUGAGAAGCUCUACUUCGUGCUGGACUAUGUCAACGGCGGAGAGCUGUUCUUCCACCUGCAGCGGGAGCGCAGGUUCCUGGAGCCGCGGGCCCGUUUCUACGCUGCCGAGGUGGCCAGCGCCAUCGGCUACCUGCACUCCCUCAACAUCAUCUACAGGGACCUGAAACCAGAGAACAUUCUCUUGGACUGCCAGGGACACGUGGUCCUGACAGACUUUGGCCUCUGCAAGGAAUGCGUGGAGCCGGAGGAGACCACGUGCACAUUCUGUGGCACCCCCGAGUACCUGGCUCCAGAGGUGCUUCGUAAGGAGCCCUAUGACCGGGCGGUGGACUGGUGGUGUCUGGGCGCGGUGCUCUACGAGAUGCUGCAUGGCCUGCCACCCUUCUACAGCCGGGACAUAGCCCAGAUGUAUGAGAACAUCCUGCACCAGCCACUUCAGAUCCCCGUGGGCCGGACGGUGGCUGCCUGCGACCUCCUGCAAGCCCUUCUCCACAAGGACCAGAGGCAGCGGCUGGGCUCCAAAGCUGACUUUACGGAGAUCAAGAACCACGUAUUCUUCAGCCCCAUAAACUGGGAUGACUUGUACCACAAGAGGCUGACCCCGCCCUUCAUUCCAAACGUGGCAGGACCUGAUGACUUGAAAAACUUUGACCCAGAGUUCACCCAGGAAGCCGUGUCAAAGUCCAUUGGCUGCACUCCCGACACUGUGGCCAGCAGCUUGGGGGCCUCAAGUGCAUUCCAGGGGUUUUCCUAUGUGCCGGAGGAUGAAGCCGUCCUGGAUUGCUAGGAGACAAGUACCUGUGAAACCGCUGAAGACAGCUGGUACCUUUCCACUCUCUCCCUUCCAUGUUUUCCAGGGCAGUCCCCUGCCCCAGGAACUAUGGGGGAUGAAGCAGAAGAACCUGGAAAACACACCAAUGACACUGACACUGGAGACCAAAGCUGAGUCAGCAAGAGCUCUUGUCACCCUUUGGCCUGCACUGAGAAUUCUGAAACACUCUGAUUCGAUUUCUAUCUUUAUAAUGUCUGUUAACUGACAAACGUGGAACAUGAGGGAGGGGCCCAAAUUCCCCCAACUCCCCAAAGCAUUAUUCAAGAUUAUAAUUGUCUGGAAUGUGCUAGUACUGUCAAAAGUACACAAUCUGCUAUGGAUUAGGAAACCCAUAAUGACUUUCUGUUCUAAGACUAUAAGAUCAUAAAAAUUUCAGAAUGGAAAAUAAAAAUGAA